AUUUAAAACUCUUUGCAAGAAGACAUUAGCAUGUAUCUUACAAUUUACAAAGUAUUAAUCAACUCAUCUCUCCUAAUAUAGCAAACUUCUACUUAUCCAACUAAAUAAUAUCAAAUAUGAUUUUCUCUUCUGUACAGCAAAACCAGAAAAUGGAACCUACGAUUGAUUCCUUCUCUCCUCUCUCAUCUCUCUACUUCAAAGGUUAUUAAAAAAAAACAUCUAGAAAAAGAAGCAAUGACCAGUAACUUAUCCAUAGCAUUCGGAGGUCAGCCACCAAACGAUAACAAUCUAAUGAUCUAUUAUCCAAUGAAGAAUCGUCCACUUCUUAUGGGGUUCAAAAUUCCAAUUCUUUAACCCUUUCAUUCCCCCUAAAACUUCAAACACAUUUCGUCGAACGUGACUGAUUUUAAAACAACACAACAUUGAUUAUUGUCCACAAAACAAUGUCGAUGUUUCCUAAUUUCCAAUUACUAGAGCUCAACAUAAUCUCCGCACAGGAUCUAGCUCCCGUCUCCCGCAAAAUGAAGACUUACGCGGUGGCUUGGGUUCACUCCGAGCGUAAACUCACCACCCGCGUUGACUACUCCGGUGGAGCCAACCCAACAUGGAACGACAAGUUCGUCUUCCGAGUCAGCGAGGAUUUCCUCUACGCCGACACUUCAGCCGUCGUGGUCGAAAUCUACGCUUUGCAUUGGUUCCGUGACGUCCACGUAGGUACAAUCCGCGUCCUCAUCAGCAACCUAAUCCCACCAAACCGUCGACCCGGUUACCGAACCAACGAAGAAUACCGCCAUUCUCCCCCUCCCGGAAUGCGAUUCGUCGCGCUACAAGUUCGCCGACCAUCCGGCCGUCCUCAAGGAAUCCUCAACAUCGGUGUGGGAAUCCUCGACGGUUCUAUGCGAAGUAUGCCGCUUUACACGAAUAUGGACUCGUCUGCGGUUGGCUACAGAGACUUGCUAGGCGAAGAAGAUCCGCAUUUACAGAAUCUGCAUCUCAACAGCUUCAAAGGAAGCUCCAAGAACCCGCAAUCUCCCUCUUCAAAACAGCACCAAUCCGUAGUCUCUAGGCCUCCUCCACCGAUGCUACGUCGUACGAGGAGUGAUACAAGCUCCAUGGUUGUCUCUGAUCUUCUGGACAGAGCGGAGCGGAGCCGUGUGUCUAAUAAGAAACCUGUGAGCGCAUUACCUAGCGACGAUGAAACUAUACCUACAACGUCGGGGCAUCAUACGACGACGGAUGAUUCCCUCGACGAUUACGAACCUCCUUAUAAAACACCUCAUAUCCCAGGGGAUAGAUACGAUUCGUUUGAGGAUGAGGAGUUUGUGGAUCAAUCACCAAGAAGUGAAAGAUACGAUGAUUCACCUUACCGUUCGUACGAUCAUUCACGCAAAACGCCGGUGAUUGAGAAGCCAAGGCCACCGAGAGACUACGAUCGAAGCAACCGCGCUUCACCGUACUUAUCGAAGCACGGGACGCCGUUGAGAUCUAACAUCGUCGCGUCUACUCCGAUCAGAUCUAACAUCGUUGCGUCUAGUCCUAUGCGAUCAAACGGCGUUGCGAGAUCUAACAUGGUUUCAUCUAGUCCUAUGCGAUCCAACGGCGUUAAAUUGACUCCGAUGAGAUCUAACGUCGUUACAUCUAGUCCUAUGCGAUCGACUCCGAAAAGAUCUAAUAUCGUUGGAUCUACUCCCUUACGAUCUAACAUAAUCGGAUCAACUCCGAUCCGAUCUAGUUACAUGGGAACACCGAUGAAAUCGCCUCUACGAUUCGGUACGCCGAUGAGAUCGAAUUUGGCAGGGAGACCGGUUUUAACCGAAUCUGAGCUAGGUCCGUCGCCUUCGGAGGUAGCGAAUAAGUUAGCGAAGGAGAGAUCGCAAGCUAAUGAUACCGAGAGUUCAAUCCUCAGCGAGUGGAGUCUCGAUGACGAUAGCAACAUCGAAGGUCUCCGAUCGAAACUCGAGCGGUGGAGAACGGAGCUUCCGCCGCUUUACGAUCUCGGAUCGAGUCAUCAGAGUAGCGAUGUAGGUAGCGCGAUUGUUCCGGCGUCGGCGAAUGCAGGCGGGAGGAAGAGUUCGAGACGGAAGACUCCGACGGUGACGAAGAAGAAGCAUAACCGCCGUCAUACGGAAGGAGGAAACGGUCUUUUCUCGUGUUUUAGUAAUAUUUGUGGCGCGGAAUGUACUUUUGUUUGUGGAGGUGGGCCGGAUCAUGACGGGUCGAAAAAGAAAGGUGGGUCUAAGCGUUUGCCUCGCUUGGGAUCUGCUGAUAAUUUAAGUUAUGUGUGA